GGGUGUCAGGAUUUGAAAUGCUGGAGACCUGACCAAGGAGCCUCGCUCUCCUCUUGCUAUUUUUAUUUGCAUACAUGAAUCAUCGUGCAAAGGAACAACGGCAGCGCUGCGCAUUUGCAAUACUUCUUUCCAAAAAGAAAAAAAGUGGGGAAAGAAGAACAUCGAGAACAGAAAAACCAUGAAAGCAAAGAAGUGGUCGUCUUAAGACUCCGUUUCCCAUCUUUCCCCGCGGCGAGGCGAGGCCUGUGACUGUGGUGCAUUAUGGGGGUUGUAGUUCCAUCGUUCCCCAAACAAGGGAAGAUGUCCGAGGUGCGGCUGCCCCCGGUUCGGGCGCUGGAUGAUUUUCUGCUGGGUUCCACUCGCUUAGCCACCCCGGACUUGCGCGAUCUGCAACGGUGGCAUAACCGGGUCAUUAAUAACCUCCUUUACUACCAGAGCAAUUAUCUGCUGGUGCUGGGCGCCGGGCUGCUGCUGGGCGCGUACUUUCGCCCCAUGCUGACUCUGCUGAGUGGUACUCUUAUCACUCUGAUCUUCAUGAGCUUUGUCUGGACUGCCGAGAACAAGGCCCCCGUGCGGCGCAUCCGGCGGAACUAUCCUGGCACCUGCCUCUCUGCUGUCCUGGGCUCUGCCUACUUCCUAGUGUCUCUCUUUGAAGGCUCUGCCACGUUCUUGGUUUUCAUCGCCCUGCCGAUAAUGUUGAUCAUCAUUCAUGCCUCUCUGCGUCUCCGGAACCUCAAAAACAAAAUUGAGAACAAAAUGGAGAGCAUCGGACUCAAACGCACACCCAUGGGGCUACUCCUGGAAGCUCUUGGGCAGGAACAGGAAGCUGGAUCCUAGAUCUAUCACCACCAUGCAGGACUCCCUUCACUUGGAAAUAUGUUUACCUUCAUUCCAUUGAUUGUUGGCUCCCCCACUCCUGGCCUGUCUUAUCUCUUUACUUAAACCAACCUGGUGGUCUGCCUAGGAACUGCUGUCAAAGAUGCAGUAUCCGCUGAAUUAGAGUGGAUAACCUAUGGGACUCCUUGCCUCUACGUGCAGACCGUGAGAUUUAAUAGCAGCGUUGAAAGGGGCAGGUGGUGGGGGCGGGUUCUGUUAAAUCAGGCAGUUAUUUCUAGUAUUUCAAGGCAAUAUCUGAAAAUGUAUUAACUAGUGAGGAUUAUCUUUAUUUAAGCUUAGAAAGGUUCUCAUGUAUACCAGAGAAAGGGAGAGGCAGCAAGUACGAUUUAGAGAAAGACCAGGCAGGUUUUGUGUUUUUUUUAAAUGGUCUGUAAAGUAUUAGCCUAUGGGGACUCCUAGACACUUAAUUCUUUUAAAAACCAAGGAUUGAGACUUGAUCCUAGGACCAGGUUGGUUAACAGAUUAAAAAGCAGUCUGUGUCUAGUUAUUCCAAGGAAGGCUGGCUUUUAGAAUACUGCAUCGUAGCAUUUAUAUGGCAUUAUCAAAUGUCCAAAGCAUUUCACAUACAUUAUCUUGCUCUAAUUCUUACAAUGACCCUGUUGCACAAGUCAGUAUUAUUAUCUCCAUAAUUUAGCUGGAGUGGAGAGUAGAGGUUGUGGCUUGCCAAGGGAGGUUUGUGGCAGAGGUGAGAUUCAAACUAGGGACUGGUUACACAAUCCUAUGCAUGUCUAUUGAGAAAUAAGUCCACUGAGUGGGAUUGGAUUUAGUCCCAGGUAAGUUUGUGUUGGACUGUAGCCUUAGCUGCAACAUUACACCAGCUCUUCGGUAGAACUUCUGAUUUCUUGAUUUUUAGAGAGACACAUUACAUUAAGCAAUAUGUCCUACUGGAUCAGGUCAAAGGGGUUGAGGGCCCUAAAUGAGAUUUUUGAAGAAGGUAGAACAGUAUUACAAUGAGUGAUAAAGGCUAGCAGUCAGUUAAUCCUUUAGGCUUCCCUUUAUGUUCAGCAUGGAGGGGACACUCCAAAAGGCGGGCAGGCAAUAAAGAAGGAUCCCUCUUGCAAAAGUAUACAUUCCCAUGCACAAGGAGGGGAAAAUCCACCCCAAGCCUUUUUGUAUUUCAGAUGGGUCCAACUCCACAGAAUGGGCCAACACUGGAGCCCUGUUCACACAUUCUGUUCAACGCACGCACAACCUGUGCACAGAUUGUACGUAAGGUGUGCAGCUACAACUAUUCACAUGUAAGGUGACUUCACAUGACCCCUGGUCCAAGCUGCUACUUCCACCACUUUGUGUCAUCUAGAUCUGUCAACACUGGGUACACAAGCAGCAUUUCUCUCCACUACCCAACAUUUGCCACCUGACUUCAAAUGUAGUUUAUGAAUGUUGGGUUCUGGAAGGGAGGCAUAACUUUGUCAACCUGACACUGGUGAGCUUCAACAACACGGAAAGAGGCAGGAGUAUUGGCAUGCACUGGCCAGGAACCAGCCAUUUCCACUAGCUUACUCUCAUGCUGCCCCUUAUGUUCAGUGCACGUCUAGGAUGACACUGCUGAUCUGCACCUUGCAUGUGAGAGGGUGCGUGCCCAGGUUCACUUUUUAAAUGAACACAUGUAUGGUCAUUUACACAAAAACCAGGUACAUGCAUACAAAUACCUGUAUGCGUGUACCAAGUAAUGUCUGAAUAGGGCUACAAAAACAUGCUUCAUAUGUACAGACACUGACUCGGUAUAUGGCAGCUUCCUAUGUUCCUGAUGCAUGUACAACAUAAUGUCUGACUAGGCCUAGUGUCCUGUGUAGUUCCAAGUAGCAUAAAAGACGUCGAUAAGGAGUAGAGGGUUAAGUAAUAAAUGAAGGAAGGGUAGAUUUUUGAAGUGUUGCCAAAAAAAUAACUAUUGGAGUGGGACACUGCACUUUUGUUAUCUUUAUGUCCACAAUCAGUAUUUAUUUGGUCAAGUUGGGAGGGGGGUGGGGGCAGGAUCAGUAAUAAAAUCCUGUAUAACACUUUUUGCUAAAAAAAUAAAAGAAAAAAGUUAAUGGUUGACAAAUAAUUUGACAUUUAAAUAGUAUAUUUUUGCUUUAUAGGGAAGUGGACCCCUCUGUACUACUUGCUCCGUGGUUGUGGGAAGGCAGGAGUAGAGCCCAGCCCAGCCGCUUGUGUGGCCUAGUGCUGGCAGGAUUAACUCUUCUGUGCCAGGGCUCCACACGACUGCAGUGGUUGUCUCCUGUUUCUCACAUCUAACCAGGAGUGUGGCCUGUAACGGGGAUUCCCAGGUAUUGACUACAGCUCCCAGCAUCCCUGGCUGCAAUGGCCUUUGGCUGGGGGUUAUGGGAGUUGUAGUAACCACCCAGAAACAAAGGUUUGGGGUACACAAGGUACAAAUCUGUUAAAUAAACACACACCUGGGAAUCCCUGUUACAGGGGAGCGCUGCUAACCCAGUGCUUGACCCCUAAAACUCCCUGUGAAUGUUGUAGACAGAGUGUGGGCAGGCAGUGCUUGGUAACUCGGUAGUUACCAAGUAGCUUGGUAACUUACCAACUCGUAACUUGGUAAGAUGGAAAGGUGGUUCUGAGCAGGCUGGUGGUUGGACUGAGGCUGAAUCUUCUGCAUGCUUGAAAUGGCUUGGUUAUGGAUUGCUUAUGUCUACUGAGUAAACUUCUAGCAGCUGUAAAAUUUGAGCCAUGGGCUUUGUUUCACAGAGUCACCUGGGGCCAUUUUGCUGUGGUAUUUCUCUUGAGGGUAUGUUUGCCACCUCUCUCCAGCCAUUUUUUUGUUUCGCAGCCAGUAUAAAAAUGCAGGGGCACCACUUCCCGGCAUGUUGUCACAGGCUAAGCAUGACAACAGAGCUGCACACAGCACAGGGGGAAAAAGAGCUACAGGAACAUUCAUUUGCACUGCAAGGCUAACAAAGGCCUCGGGCCUAGGUCCUUUCUCAACUCUGUCUGACCCCCAAGUUAUUUUAGUGAGGAUGCCCAAGAUUUGAUCUGAGGUCUUUAUUAUACAUCAAAAACUUGUUUUCUAGCAUUUGUGGCUAGCUUUUUAAAAAUAAAGCUCUUUUCCAAAAAGAGCUUUUCCAUAUUCUAAUAAAGGGUGGGGGGAGGACUGGAACUCCUGGAAAUGCUGAGCUUCCCUGGAAUGCCUUCUUACAAGGAAAACACACUGGGUGUAAUCCAGUGGACAGUAGUCACGGCAGGAUGCUACUCCUGGGUCUUCUAGGUUUGCUGGCUACGUUUGUGAACUGACUCCGUUGAACUGCAUUUGUGGUAAUAUGGAAGUUCAGCCUGCCAUGGCUUAUUCACACAGGCAAAGUCAUUGCUUGGUAUUGCACUUGCAUGAUAGAUGUGCAUGUAUGAAAAAAGCACUACUGAAAACAGGAACUGAAACAAUUAAAUGCUUACGGCUACUGUAAUAUCUGGAGUGUACUUCCAGCUAAUUGUAAAUCAGCUUGGUCAAUGGAAUUUAGUUGUGACUAUCACUUGAUUCUGUUCAGAAUAACUGAGCAAUACUUCAGAUAUUAGCAAUGUGGCCCUUCCUUUAUAAAAAUAAGUAUUUUAUUUAAAGUUGAGAUUGCUAUUUAAAAUUGACAACUUUGGAAACAGGACCCCUAAACACAACUCAGCAGACAGUUAAUGGCUGUAUUCACAUGUAACGUGGAACCAUGGGUCCGCACCCCACCACCCCACUCUCCCAUCCAAAUUUGGAUAUUCAGGAGUGCAGAUUGCAGAGAGGUGAGGAAUCUGGCUGUGCAGGCUACUGAAGGACAGCCAAUCACAGAGUUGAGGGAGGAGCUUCCAGUUCCAGGCCCAGUAGCCUGGGGUUCCAAAUUUGGACAUACUGCAGCCUGCCUGGAACCUCGGGUUGUGAUGAAGCUUGCUACAACUUGAGGGUUCAGACUGGACCCUUGGUUUCAUCGCUGCACCACUCUGGUUCCACAUAUUCAGAUGCAACAUCUGUGGAAUGCAGCCACUGUGAAAGAUGAAGAACUUGCCUCAAGUUUAUGUAGGCCUUUGGUUUUCCCAAGUUCCUAAUGUGCAGUAUGCAGGCUCAGACUAGAUGCAGUAGUGAGACAGGACCUGGAGAAACCUGAGCUGUACUUGCCUUUAAAACACAAAAACUUAGUUCUACACUACAGUUCAUUUUGGCGACAUUUUUUUUUUUUUACAUUUAUGCAUAUUCUUAAAGUCUUGUGGUAUGAUUGCACUGUUUCAAAUAUAUGUUUAGGUUUCUCAGA